GCUCCCUGUUCCUCGCGCUCCGCUAGCGGCCGAGCCUCCUCACCGUGGGAUCCCUCCGCCCUGCGCGCAGCGGCCGGCGGUGUGUGCGCGCCGCUCCGUCCCCCUCCGCCCCGUGAAGGGAUUAUUUCCCGCGGCGGCGGGGCGGCCCCAGCGGGGUCCCUGUGCGAUGGAGGCACCGGGCGCCCGGCGGAGGGACGGAGGAGCCGCCCCGUGAGGAAGGAACGGGAGCGCAGCGGCCUCCUCGGGGCCGCCGGCGGGCGGGGACCCCGCGGCCAGGCCGCGCCUCAGCGCUCGGGCCUGCGCCGCCCUCAGCGGGGCCCGGCCCGGCCCUGCCCGCCCGGGGCUGCCCCAGGCCGGGUGUGCGAGCCCCCGCCGGGGCGCGGGGCACGAUGGUGGAGAAGCGGUGCCCGCGGCUGCAGCGGGACGGCGUGUACCGCUGGUUCUCCGAGCUGCCCUCCCCGCAGCGCGUGGAGUUCCUCUGCGGCCUCCUGGACCUGUGCAUCCCGCUGGAGCUGCGCUUCCUGGGCGCCUGCCUGGAGGACCUGGCCCGCAAGGAUUACCACUCCCUGCGCGACUCCGAGAUCAAGGCCAACAACCCCGCGGACCUGGGCAGCCUCACCAACCUGACGGACGAGGUGGUGCGCAGCAAGCUGCUCGUGUCGCUGGCGCUGCUCGGCUCUGCCCACCGCGAGGCCGCCGGGGUCCUGUUCCGCACCCUCACACACAUCGACUCGGUCAUCAACAACUACGGGCUGCAGCUCAACGAGGGCCGCACGGGGGAUGAGUUCCUGUUGCUCUUCACCAUGGCAUCCAACCACCCGGCGUUCAGCUUCCACCAGAAGCAGGUGCUGAGGCAGGAGCUCACCCAGAUCCAGAACAUCAUGGCCAGCACCAGCAAGAAUCCCAGCACCUCUACCCUCAACACCAUGGCAACCUAUCCUGGCUGCCAUAAGGUCACUCCAAGGUCUGAGACCCCCAUCAACAGUGUCAGUAACAGCUUGGAAAACGUACUCCACACAUCAACACAUUCCAUGGAGGAGUCAUUGCCCAAGAGGCCUUCGGGGAAACACUCCAAAGUGAGUGUUGAAAAAGUGGAAUUAAAGGGACUGGCACACAAGAAGAAUGAGAGAAAUGUUGAGUAUUCCUUUGAGGUCCUGUGGUCUGAUUCUUCAGUGACGUUGGUAACCAAAUCUUCUGCUGAAGUGACUGAAUUUAUUUCAAAGCUGUCUCAGCUGUAUCCAGAAGAAAACUUGGAGAAAUUUAUUCCUUGCCUAGCUGGUCCAGAUUCAUUUUACCUGGAACGGAACCACAUGGACCUGGAAUCGGACCUGAGGUACUUGGCACCGUUCCCUUCCCAUGUGGUGAAAAAUGACCACGUCAGGAAGUUCUUCAGCACUUCAUCUCCCUCCCAGCAACUCCAGAGCUCAAAUCCUGGCAACCCCUCCCUGUAUAAAGUAGGAACUACGCUGGGAACAUCUGGAAGACCUAUCUGUGGAGUAGCUGGAAUUCAGUCCUCGCAGAACCACGUCCAGCACUCGGCCACUGCUCCUGUUGCUCUGCCCCACUGCUCCCACUCCGGAGGCGCCGGCUCCUCGCUGGCCUAUCGCUCCCAGAUGGACACCUCCUCCUCAUCCAUGCUGAUGUCUUCCAGCCCACAGACCCCCCAGACACAGGAGCAAAACGGGAUCCUAGACUGGCUCAGGAAACUGCGCUUGCACAAGUAUUAUCCUGUCUUCAAACAGCUCACCAUGGAGAAGUUUCUGAGUCUUACUGAGGAAGAUCUGAAUAAGUUUGAGUCCCUCACCAUGGGAGCAAAGAAGAAGCUCAAGACCCAGCUGGAGUUGGAGAAAGAAAAAUCUGAGAAACGGUGCCUAAACCCCUCAACACCUUCGUCAGUGACCAGCAGUGGGGUGGCAAGGGUUCCCCCCACUUCCCACGUGGGGCCUAUCCAGAGUAUCCGAGGCAACCAUGCUGCAGAGCUGCGAGUGGAUGUGGACCAACCAGCCCACCCCCUGCCCCGGGAGGGCAGCUCCUCCGAGUACUCCAGCUCCUCCUCCAGCCCCAUGGGGAUCCAGACACGGGAGGAGAGCUCGGACAGCGCCGAGGAGAACGAGAGACGGCUGGAGAUCCACCUGGACGCCUCUGAGAAGGAGAAGCCGGUGAUGCUGCUGAACCAUUUCCCCUCGAGCUCCGCCCGCCCCACGGCCCAGGUCCUGCCCGUGCAGAACGACGCCGGCUCCAGCCCGUCCAGCCACCACGCCCUGCCCAUGCAGAUGAUGGCAGCGGCCCCCACACACAUCCCGCCCAUCCGAAUGCUCAGCUCCGUGCACAAAUCCGACCGUGGCAGCGCAGACAUGAAGCUGCUCUCGUCGUCUGUGCACUCGCUUUUGUCUUUGGAAGAAAGGAAUAAAGUUCCUUCUGGAUCCAGGGGCAGCAUAAAGAUGGAAAAGAGCUUUGGGAAUACAGUGGUCGAUGUCAUGUCUGCGUCUUCUCCCCACCAGCCCCUGCAGGUGCUGUCGGGGGCCACCGAGAGCAGCUCACCCACCUCCACCAUGAACUUUGGGCCUCGAGCCAAAGUUGUCCAUGCUUCCAGUCUGGACAGAGUGAUCAAACCAGCUCAGCAGCCGGGACUCAUAGUGGAAACGAGCACUGCUGCCACGGUAACAUCCAGCACCGUCUUCCACGUGGCUCGUCCACCCAUCAAACUCCUGGUGUCUUCGUCUCUUCCUACCGACUCUGCCAUGGCCGGACAAACUUCCUGCUCCAGUAAUAUGCAAAUCACGGUGUCCCCUGCAAUAAUCAACCCCCGGACUGCUCUGUACACAGCCAACACCAAAGUUGCCUUUUCUGCCAUGAGCAGUGUGCCCGUGGCGCCCAUGCAGGGCAGCUUCUGCGCCAACAGCAACGCGGCCUCCUCCAGCAGCCACCCGUCCCCGUCCUUUGCCACCAUGGCCAACCUGCCCAGCUGCCCCGCGCCCAGCUCCAGCCCCACGCUCUCCUCCGUCGCCGACAACAACUUCUACAGCAGCAGCAGCAGCAGUAGCAGCAGCAGCAGCAGCAGCAGCGGAUCCGCGGGAAGCAUCCCGGUCCCCAACCAGAACCACCACCACCACCACCACCAGCAGCCGCCGCUGCAGCCGCCCGGGUGCAUGGUGUGCAGCUCCUGCGGCUGCAGCGGCAACUGCGGCUCCAGCGGCAUGACUGUCAGCUACGCCAACUACUUCCAGCACCCCUUUUCAGGACCUUCCAUGUUUACUUUCCCCUUCCUGCCCUUCAACCCCCUGUGUAGCAACGGCUACAUCAACACGCAGCAGUACAACAGCAGCACCACGUUCCCCGUGGUGCACACGGCCUACAACAGCGGCCUGGCCCCCGACUCCGUCAUGGCCGGACAGUCCACCUUCGCCAUGCCCCCCAUGCAGAACUUUAUGGCUGGGACGGCCGGGGUGUACCAGGCACAGGGAAUGAUGGGCAACGGCAAUGGUUCGAGCCACAAAAAAAACGGGAACCUCUCCUGUUACAACUGCGGGGCCAGCGGGCACAGAGCUCAGGACUGCAAACAGCCGCCCAUGGAUUUCAACAGACAAGGUACGUUCAGGCUGAAAUAUGCUCCUCCCUCCGAAAGUCUGGACUCCACAGACUGAUGUUUUCCCACCUGGCACAAAGAUGCCAAAAGCCAUGGAGAACGACGGAGAUUGAACUGCAAAACUGAGACGUCCAGUUGCUGUUAAGCUUAAUGUAUUUUUUAAUCCAAAGGUGCUUUACUUUAUUAGACUAGGUAGAAAAUCUAGCUUAGGGGUGCAUCCAACCCAGUUUUUAUUGCCAAAUUCGAGCUUGGAUCUCGUUGGAACUCCUGACUACGUGUCCUCGGACCGAUGCGUUCCGGACGGAGGGACAGAUGGACGGGUGGAUGGAUGGCGGAGCUGUCCAGCUGCACUUCUGUUGCAAGUACAACAUCCAAUGUACAUUUUUUUAGCUGGAGAAUGUUGCCAUAUGUGGACUUUCUGAGGUGAAACUUUUCCAGGGCAGCUCCGUUUGGAGGUGGAAGCUGGAGGAGGAAGGUAGGAGUGGCCAGAAGGACUUUGGCACCCCUGGGCUAGGUAAAAUGUCUACUUUUUUUCAAAAGUGAUCAGGCACUAAUCUCUGGGAUUUUUAAGGAUUGCACUACAGAAGAAUGUAAAACUCUUCAAGCUUUCUGCACUUUUAGCAGACAGUGUCACUCUGAGACCAGUGCAAGAGGCAAAGAAGUUCCAACCUUUACAAAUUGGCACCAGCAGGCUUAUGGGACUUAAUUCCACAAUAAAAAUCCUAAAAAAUCUCUCCUUUCCCUUCCAAAAGAACACACACGACAGUUUCGGUUCCUUCUGGAAACAAACUUGUGCUUCAUUGUCUCACCUAUUACCAUCUAGUGCUGGGUUCCCAGCACUGGAAUAAACUUAGUUUCCAAGGGUCCAAGUCCCAGAGACUCCAGAGUCAUAAAGGCUUCAAGGAUAUUUUCCUGUAAUACACAAAACCUUUACGUCCUGUUACUGUAUAUAGGUCUCUUUCACAGAAACCUUAUUAUUCUGCUUUUGUAAAUGAAUUUUAAACCAUCCUAAAAAAAAACAAACCAAGAACUCUGGCAGCAGAGUUUAUAAGCUUUUGCUUUACUUUAUAUAAAAAUACCCUUUGACUCCUACCCCAGGAUUCAGGAGAGGUGGGAGUCAAACAUGUAAAAGGUAGUAAAACUUCAUUAUUAUCAAGACUUGGAAGGAUUUCUUGUCGGCCUCCUUCGUUGCAGUAGGUUGUAGAUGAGUAGCUUUGGUGUUAAACUACUUAGUCCAUCAUUUGUGGGUGACAAAUCUAAAUUAGGACUCGAGAGGAAGCCAAACCCAUCUCGAACUGCUAAUUUGAAACACUUUGGUCCUGUCUGGUUGAAAGAAGAUCCUAAUCCUCAUGGCUCCCGCCGGGAAUUUGAUGGCAUUAAAUGGGUGAGGCCUUCUCUUUAAAAAUGCCUGACAGAGAUAUUUGCAUCCUGUAAUUUGGGAGACACCUUUAAAGUCUGAAGCCUUGUUUACACUUGGAGGUAUUCCUUACACUCUUCUAAACCACAGCAGGAUGAAUCCAUAGGAUUUGUAGUGGCGCAGUGACUCUCACUCGGGAAGUCUUCUCGGAGCAGGAGGGUUUGGAGCGGUGCAGAGACGGGGCUGUGUGAGGGGGGUGAGAGUUCAGACCUCCCUGGGCCAUGGUCAUAGGAAAGGAACGUUCUGGGCCAUCCUUGUGUCCCACUCUCUCCGAGGGUGGUCUCAGCCUCGCCGGGAAGGCAGGUGGGAUCAUGAGCGUUGGGAGAGGCACGGGAACGUGGGGUGGGCAGAACCCACACUUGGCCCAGAGAGGGACCUGCAGCUCACAGCUUGGGGGAACCCAAAACCUAAAUUUGCAGAACAGUUGGUUUAAACAAAAAAAAAAAAGUUAAUUGUUAUUGCUAUGCAAUGAGAACCCCCUGAUUUAUGUAUUCCCAGCCCAGCUCACGCUCCCUGUUGGCUCUGCCUGCAUUCGAGGACGUUCCCUGUGUUCCCCUGAACAACCUUCAGACCUACAACACUAAAGGGAUGAAAACUGACAAUGCAAUUUACUUUGCCUUAAUGAGCUCGAGACAAUGGUAGGAACAGUCUGUCCCACUGCAUCACGCCUGAGGAAAUGUGCAGUUCCAUGUUUACGAUGUGCAGCUUUGAGGGUCUCUCCAGUGGCCUGGAACAUGUGCUGAAAGCCAAACUUAACGUUAUUAUUUUUUUCACUUUUUUUAAACAGUAUUUUAAAAUUGUAUUUAAAGAAACUGUAUUUCAACACACAUGUGAGUGUUAAAAACCCUCUUGAAACAGCAAAAAAACAACAGCAAAAAAAAAAAAAAAGGUCAUUUCUGUACCGGUUGUGUUUUGUUUUACUGCCCAAGGCCGGGCACAGUCGCGUCUGAGAUUCAUCACAGAGUUGAAAUCGUAUCAAAAGGACUGUAGAACUGAACUUCUGUCCAGCAAACUGUUUCAUUCCUUUCUCCAGAGCUUUUUUUAGGUUCAUUUCCUUUGUGUAGAGUUAAGGCUGAUGUUUCCAGCAAACUUGUUUCAUUCCUUCCUUUGGGAUUGUUUCCUUUGUGUAAAGUUAAGGCUGAUGUUUCUUCAAGUGGCUCAUGGGUGUGUUUGGGUUACGCUUUGGAACGGUUGGGUCUGGUUUUAGAGUUAAGUUCAAAUCCAGAAGUACCUGGAGGCAACACGAGUGUCAGAGGGAGAAGUUUGGUGAGCCAGCAGCAACCUCAGAGCCUUCCCUAAAUCCCAGCGAGUUGUGGCUUCAGACCUGCCAGUGAACACCCUUCACUUUGUACCCAGAACAACCAAAGUUGGUAAGUCUGAACAGAGCACCUUAGUUCCAUAAAAUAAUCCUUAAACUGUUCUUAUAAGGCACAAAUCCGUCUUUUUUACCCUAAAAAGCAAGGCAGUUUGGUUUGGAAUAGUAGUUCCAGCUGCCCUGCCUGAAGGAACCAGUUCUUUAACCCUAUUUUUGUACAUUGAAAGAUGGUGAUUUCAAAGAAUGUUACUUAGUCCUAUCUUUGUCCUACAUAUAUAAAAAGAAUUAGUUCUCCAAAUGGAUUUCACUGUGGGAUAGGAAUGAUUUUUCAGUGUGAGAGGGGGAAAGGAAUCCCCAGUCAUCUCCCUGCAGGGAGGUGAGAAGUCAGCGAGCAGCCUUUCCCAGGGGAGAGAGCGGCGUGCAGUGCAGUUUCAGCUGCAUUUUCCAUUUGCUGAUGGAAGGACUCGAAAUAGGAUGGAAUUUUCAGCAAACUCCUCCCCACCCUGCAAAUGAAGCAUUGAUGAAUGUGCCAGGCUCUGCCCCAGCAGCAGGAGAGGAAGGAGGGAACUAAGGUAUCGGUCAGAGGGUUCCACCCUUCUUUUAUUUAAAAUUACAUUUAAACUGUUACUGAAAUUUCUGUGUUUAUCAGAACUGGUUUUAUUCAAACCAGCUCUGUCACACUCAGCUUUUUGUGAAACCUUUUCAUACCACGGUCAUUAAAUCUUGGCAAAUGAAGCGCCAGACUUCUGAAAAUAUCAGUCCAGCACCAGACUUUGGCUGUCCCCCCAAAUUCCGAUUCCUCGCUGGCCGGUUCCGUGUGGAGUUGCCCUGGGAUGAACUGGGCUGUGGUACUGGCAGAGCAACGCUCCUCCCCAAAAUCCAACUGCCCUCAGCUGUGCGAGCUGUGUGUGCUGGAGGGCCCGGGGUAGGCUGAACACCUGUUAAAUGGGAGGACUGUGGGCAAAUCUGGACAAAAAUCCACGUAACGGAACUUUUGUGAGAGUAGAAAUCACUUUGGCUGGUUGAGGCCCCACAGCUCUUGUAAUAAACUCUUGGAAUUACCCAUUUGCUCCCUUAAAUUUUCCUGUUGUAUGCAAGAACCGUGUUGGUACUGAAGCAGAAAGCAAAUCCCGUGUGUUUUCAAGUGCAGAUUAACAGCUUCUCUUGGACAUAACUUUCCAUUAGGAAUGAAGGAAAUUCCUGCUCCAUUUGAGCCAUUUCUUUUACUUCGAUCACUUCUAGUAUUACAAAAUUCUGCAUGUAACUUUAUAAAUAUUUUAAAUAGUUUUGUAAAUAUUUAAUAUUCAGCUAAUUUGAUUUUGAAUUGUAAAUGUCCAGUAUUCUGGUAUUGGGAUUUUUAUGUUUUAUUAUACUUUGUUAAAAGUUACAUUGUACAUUUUUAGAAUGUUUUUAUCUGAGUAAAUUUAAUGUAUGGAAAAUAAAGAGUUAAACAGAA